CUAUUGCUGCUCCCAGUAAUCAUGAGUCCUUGUGCCAUCAUUACCAUCAAAAGCCCUCCCUUCUCUCUCUUUCCUUUUUCAUUUUGUUUUCAGAUACAAACGCAAUUUCCCAGCUAUAUAACGCUUGUGUUGCUGCACACAACAAUCAUCUCUUCCAGUUCACUUUUUCUUUUCUUUUCAUAAAACAAGAUCAUGUGGGUUAACUCUUCUGGACGUCUUUCCAAGCAACGACAUAUCGUUCGUGUUCCAAGACUCGACAGGUUGAGAAGGUUAAGGAAGGGAGCAGCCGCAGGGACAAAGAAGAUGGUGGUGGGUGUUGAAACAUAUAUCCAAAUGAAGAACUUGAAGCUAUAUAUGGAGAAUCAAUUCAUCAUGGAAGCCAACGAGAGGCUGAGAGAGAAAGCUCUGCUCCUUCACCAGGAAAACCAAACACUGUUGGCUCAGCUACAAAACAAGUCCUCUGAUACCCAGAAUCAACGGUGAGAGGGAACCAGCAACAUAUAUGGGUAUAUUAAUUGUACAAGUCACGGGAAGAAAAGUUAAUGGUCAAGGGGGGAGGUGCUUCUUUAGGUUUGGAAUAAUUUUGUACUGAAUAAUUAUCCUAUAUGGCUCUAAAUCUUCGUUUCCCUGGUGAUUACUGAGCCCCAUUUUUGGGUUUCAUUUGGGUAGGAGCAGAGCCAACACACUUCACCUUGCUAUUUCAUGCUACUGCUUAUCUAAUCAACUUUGAACACUGUAAUUGAGUCCGCAUCAUCAACAAAGCAAAACG